AUGGCGUUGAAUGAAAAUUUUCAAGUUAACGACGAUGGUGAGAAAGCUAACUCAACUAGUUAUAGAAAGUUGAUUGGUUCCUUAAUCUAUCUCAACACAAGACCGGAUAUCACAUAUUCGCCGCAAAAAGAAUCCUUAGAUAUCUUCAAGGAUCAAAAACUCAAGACAUUGAAUUCAAAAAAGAAAGUGAAUAAAUAUGUGGCAUUAUCAUCAGCCAAAGUAGAGUAUAUAGCAUGUACUGAUGCAGCUUGUAAAGCUAUUUGGCUUCAAAGAAUUUUAAAGGACAUGAAGUUUGAGCAAUGUGAGCCGACAAUUAUUCAUUGUGACAAUAUGUCAGCUAUUGCAAUGACAAAGAAUCUCGUUUUUCAUGUGGUCCAAACAUAUUGA